CCACCACAAUCAACGCCCCUGAUCGAGCAAGGUCUUUUAUUAAGUUGCUCCGCCGGAGCAGUCAACAUUAAAAUUCCUCCAUGCCGAGAAUAUCCCGAACCCUUGAGGCGGAGGCUUCUCGUUAUUCUUCCAUCUUGUAUUCUUCCCCCUCGCCGUUGUCACGAAACCAUGCCGCGAUUCGAUCGCGACCGUCCGAUCAGUUCUCCUCCCUCCGUCGCGAUGCACCCCCACCAGCCGCCGGCGAAGCCUAAGGGCGGCGCCCGCGUUCUCUCCUUCGUCCUCCAGGCCGUCGUUAUGGCGGUGGCUCUCGCCCUUUUCUUCCUCUUCGCCGGGGUCGCCGCCGUCGUCCUCCUCCAUCUCUGCGUCGCCGGCCGCGCCCUUCGCCGCCGUCGCCGCCUCCAGUCCCGGAGCCACCACUCAGCCGAUUCCACCACCGCCGUCGCAGAGCCCUCCGGCCUCUCCCCAGCCGACUUGAGGAAGAUCCGGUGCUUCGAGUACUCCGGCGGUGGCUCGGCGUCGCCGCCGUGGCCGCCGGACUGCGCCGUGUGCCUGGAGGAGUUGCGGAAGGGGGAGAGGUGCCGCGCCCUCCCCGGAUGCGGGCAUGCGUUCCACGCCCCGUGCAUCGACCGAUGGCUGGUGAGGUCGCCGGCAUGCCCGAUCUGCCGCACGGGGGUCGUCGUCGCCGCGGUGGUGCCGGAUCGGGUUAUCCGGCGGCCUGUGGGAUGGGCUUGAUAUGUUGAUCUCCUGUAUGCCGUGUCCAUUGGACAACUUCUGCGGGCUUAUGGCCAUGCACAGAACAGUAUUCUGCUACUAAUUACGGUAGCCGUGAUGCAUCAAUAAGUAUUAUGCACCAUCACCUGUCAAUAGAAGAUGAAGAUGUGGCAUUUGAUGUAGAUUGGAAACUUAGUCAGAAGUGUUGGACUAGAUUUAGAAAUUUGGCAUACAAAUCCUGAAGUACUUAUGCAAAAUCUUUGACGGCAAGGAUUUUUAUCUCUAAUUCCAGGAACAAGAAAAGAAGGUGAGAAAGCAGUAUAGAAUCUGAAUGAACGAAAGGAGGAAAAAGAAGUUCAUGGAAUUUGUGCGAACAUAGUAGGUGGAAUUUGCUUUGGUGGUACGCUUCUUAUCUCUGCUAUUAAAUUUAUGGUUAAUCCACCCUAAGAAAUAGAAGAAUAAAAAAUUGGAAAAGCAGGGUUAGUUUUCUCCUAUCUUUAUCUCCUUUCAUAUUCUCUUUUGCUCUGUCAUAUUCUCUUUUAUCCUUUCAUAAGGCAGGGCAUAUUGUCUUCCAUUAACAUUUGUUGGGUGUGUUGUUUGUGGAUUCGGUUACUGGGCUUUGUCCUGGAAUGCAAUUUGAAGGAUGUUUUAUUCUGGUCAUGAUCAAUUCUGUGAAUUCUAUGUAUCAAUGACCAUCCAUGCAUUUA